GAUGGCCCAGAAACUUUCCUCCAGGAGCCACUUUGCUUCUUCCCCCCAAUUAUCUACCGCCUUCACAACAGACCUGACUUCUUCACUCAUCACCCCUUUAUUCCGUCCUUCCUUCCUUCCUUCCCUCCCCAAAGACAUUUCUUUCAACUCCUGGAACAAGCAGCUUCUCCGUCUUUCACCAUCUAAAACUACCUUCAUAGAGCCUAACUGAAAUCUCUGAGGGUUUCCCAGUCCCCCAUCUACUGCCUCAGCUGCUCCACAGACAGACUGUUGUCCAUCUCCCUUCCUUCUCUUUGGACGCAGAAACUUUUUCUCCUUCAUCUCUAGCCUUGUUCUGCUACUGUGGGACAACCAGCUUUGACACUCUGUGAGGGUGGUGGAGCGAACAAUGCCCUCCGACUUUCUGUCACCUUUCCUGGAACUGGAUGAGGAGUUCUGCAAGAAUUUCCGUGGCCUGGAGGCAACAGAUGGCUCGUCUGCCUGUUUGCAGCAGCAGCAGCAGCAACAGCAGCACAGCCAAAGGGUCCUGGGAUUCCAGCGCCGCCACUCUCUCUGCCCUGUGACCCUCCCAAACUCCAAGUUCAACAACAGUUGUUCUGAGGUGAGCGACACGGCCUGCUGGGGUCUCAGUAUGGCUUCCAAGCAACAGUGGAGCGGGGAGGGUCAGCUUCCUUCUUCUGUACUCAGCCAUAUCCCCUUCAGAGUUGACCGCUCUGUCAGCAUGAUUGAGGGCAACGGAAGCAGAGAGGACAAAAUUGCCAGCAUGUCCCCAACAAUGUUGCUCCCUCCACCAGGCCUCUGCCUCAGCAACACUUCAAUCUCCUCCACCACCUCCCCUGCUUCCCGACUGCCGGCCCCUUCACCUCACAUCUCUACCCGCUACAAGACCGAACUCUGCCGCACCUUUGAAGAAAGUGGGACCUGCAAGUAUGGUGCCAAGUGCCAGUUUGCACAUGGCAUGGACGAGCUGCGUGGCCUUAAUAGGCACCCCAAGUACAAGACCGAGCCUUGCCGCACUUUCCACACGAUAGGCUUCUGUCCAUAUGGCGCCCGCUGCCACUUUAUCCACAACGCCGAUGAGCUCAUUGCUGGCAGCACUUCUGUACUGCCACAGAAACAGAAGCCAAGGCCUCCACUGUUGCGUCACAGCGUCAGCUUUGCAGGCUUCUCCUCUUCACAGAUUUUCCAUCCAGUUGAGGACUCAAAGCCUUCAUCUUUCCUCUUCACCCGGGCCUCCUCUGUCUCUCCUCCUCCAUCCUCCACAGGGAGCCCAGAGCUCCUCUCACCUCUGUUUCCUGAGCCAGCAUCACUGAAGAAUUGUCCCUACCUGUUUUCUGGCAUUUCUGACCUGGCAGGUGACAACGGGGAUUCAGCCCUGCGCUUCUAUGCCGUGAACGACUCCAACAGCAACAGGUGUCCCAACUCAAACUUCACCUCCAUAAAGCCAAACCCUUCAUAUCACCUCCCCCAGCAGCAGCCAACCUCCAUGAACAGCCUCUGUGGCCUUCAGCGCUGCUCCUCGGCUGACUCCCUAUCUGAGGAGGGCUACACCUCCUCCUGCUCCCUCAGCUCUUCCUCCAGUGGCACAGAGUCGCCAAGCUUUGAGGGCCGACGUUUGCCCAUCUUCAGCCGCAUGUCUAUCUCAGACGAGUAGGGAAGGGAUUUACUGUAGGGCUGAAUUGAAUCAGGGACAGAUGGUCUAACUGUUUUAACUCUUGGUGACCAGGAUCUGAUGCUGUGUCCACUGUCAAAACUAGACAUUUUAAGAGUCCGGACACAAGUCACAAAAGAUUAAAACAUUAGUUUUUCAGUUUAUCCCCAAAUGCAGCCAGGUAAACGUUCCUAACUAUAUGUGCAUAUUGCAUUUCUCAUCCAAGCAGUUGUAGCGCUGCUCAGUGUUCGUCCAGUUUUAGCCGACUUCUCUUUUUGUUUUGUGCUUUAUUGUUUUUUAUAAGGUUAUUUUUUUCUGCCAUUGUUACUGCUGUAUACUGUUGUAUACCCAUUUUUAGAGAAUGCUUGGAGGGUAUUUCACUCAGCCCGGCAUUUGUCUUUACGUUGUUCUGGGAGGUUCUGUGUGAGAAUUUCCUGUACCCUGAUUGGAGAAAGACUGUUUGACCAGUUAACGUGGUGGAUCCCUUCACCAGUGUCUCCAACGAUGUGGAACAACUACUGUAUGCUGUCACUGAUUGAUUGGUUCCAUGGCUGCCAGCCAUUAUAACCACUAAAUUGCCUUGGCAGCAAAAAUGAACAAGUGUAGGCAACAUACUCACACUCUAGUUACCAAAGUUGAUGUUAGAGUUGCCCUAACCUCUUAGUACUGCUAACACCUAACCUAGCCUUUAGCCAUGACCGUUAUUACAGUGCUAGGAGUAUUGUUGCUUAACUCUUUUUUAGUCUUAUUUAUUGCUUUUUGUAUGAUUUGCUAUUCGUGAUUGCAUGUUCUAAUAAUGCCGGAGAAAUUAUGCUUUACUUUAUGCAUCCAUGUUAUCCCGUCUGCUUGGUUUACACUAUCCAGUAGCUUUAAGAAGGCUCGCGGAGAGGAGAGGAGAGUAGAAGAGGGUGGAAGACAUUUUGGCAUUCUAUAUGUAUGUUGCCUUAUUGGCUAAAAGGCCUGGCAGAAAUCAAGACUCGCUGGGUUUUCACAUCACAAGCAGCUCAACGAGUUUGUCUAUAGUCUCCCUUGCAUAUGAAAUUUUGGGAAACAUUAUCAAUCAUUAUCAAUGAGCAUUAUUUCCUGCUGUUGGUGUGAGAACACAGUAAGUCUACUCUCCUCUCCACUGAGCUUCACACAUCUGACUGUAAUAACCUUAUAAUGUUGCUGUUAUCUAAACACGACAGCACAACAGGUGGUGAGGGACAGUUUCACCGCACAUGUUAAGAUGCUACACAACCAGAAAAAGAGUGUUAAUGUUUCAUUUUCCUUGUGUGAUUAAUCCAAGUGUCCAUCAGGACAUCUGUGUUACUGCUUCUUCUCGUGUGAUGUAAACGUGCAGGAAAAACGUGACCCUUUAUUGUAGUUGAUCUGUAUCUGUCAGAUAUGACAAAAUGGUUGUAGAUCAACACUAGCUAGCUAGAAAACCCUGUGUGGUGAAAUCAAGUGAGUUUUAAAUGAAAAUCAGGCAAAAAAGUGUAUUGUUUGUUUUUGCUCAACUUGCCCAGAGACGCUUCUUGUUGUUGCAGCUUGAUUUGACGACGAGAUUUUCUUUGUAACUUUUGUUAAAUUAAAGUCUUAUUUAUUUUUUGUUUUCAAAGCGAGACCUAUAUUGUGUUGUUUGAUUUUGUGGUUAUUGUUUGACAUAAUUUAAGUGCAUUUAUUGUUUACAUUCCAUGGGUUAUGUUGAUAUGUUAGCUCUUUAUCUAAUAUAUUUGUCCACCUGUAUUUCAAAAUAAAAGCCUCUGAAACUUAA